AUGUCUCAUAACCACCACACCAGAUCAUCCCGAAUCAAGAUCGCAAAGAUUUUUCCUCCAAUUUAUGACGCCACACAAACAACAAGCUUUAUCGAUGAAGAUAUUGACCUUGACAACUCUUACGCAUCGAAACAAAUUAACAACCAUCAACCGCAAGGAUUAUCGACAUCUUUAUCGAGCGGAUUCCACAAAAUCACUGAUAACAUAAUGUCAAAAUUAUCGCCGUCUUCGUCGUCUCUACCCUUACAUCAUAAUGCCAUAAGUAAUUUAAGCAUCGAUAGGAAAUAUCCUUAUUCUUUGGAUGAAAAUUGCGAGAUCGUGAUUCCUAUAAAAACAUUAUCACCUACACAAACUGUGUGGAAGAAAAAGUCUGACAUAGCGACUGGUUGGAAGUAUUGGCUAACGGUUUUGCUCGUCAUUCUGAUUAUACUUGGAGUGUUCUCAUAUCGUGUGUGGAUCUUCGGAGAACACCUGAAAAUUCUACAACCAUAA